GGGGAGACUUGGAGCGACACAAGCAGGAAAGAAGAAGAAGAAGAAGAAGAAGAAGAAGCGAACUCUGAAGUGCGAGGAAGAUGGUGGCGCGCCGGUUCGUCGUCGUCCACAACGACGCCGAAUUCCCCGUCGACUACGACACCGAUCACGGCCUCGAAAUCCUCAAAAUCCAAAUCUUCUCGCUCACCUCCGUCCCUCCUGACGAUCAGCAGAUCUUGGCGGAGGAGGGGGCCCUUGUCGUUGAUGAGUCCUCCGAUCUCGAAGUCGUUUCCGAGAAGCUUCGCUUGGUGCCCAUCGAAGAAGGAGGAGGAGGAGGAGAUGAGGAGGCGUCGGCUCCGCAAUCGGAUGAAGAAUCAGCCCUAAUGGUGGAGAAGCUACGCUUGGUGCCGAUCGAAGAAGGAGGUGGAGGAGGAGGAGGACGACGACAUGAGGAGGAGGCGUCGGCUCUGCAAUCGGAUGAAGAAUUGGCCCGAAUGUUGCAGGCAGAAGAGGAGGCGCUUUUCUUCCAGCAGUUCAGCGCUCACGAUAAUGGAGAGGAGUUCAAGCGGAGGGUUGAGCCGUAUGUUGCGCAGGUUUUAAUGUAUGAGGAUCCGACCCGCCAAGAAGCUGCUCGCAAGUCAGUUCCUAUUGAUGAGCUUGAAGAGAAGGCCCUUGUUUCUCUAGCCAAGGAGGGAAAUUUCCAUCCUUCGAAAGAUGAGAGAGAUCAUGCCUUCUUGCUGCAAUUGCUUUUCUGGUUUAAGCAAUCAUUCAGGUGGGUUAAUUCACCACCUUGUGAUUAUUGUGGACGUGAGACUAGCAACAUUGGUAUGGGCAGUCCACUUCCCUCUGAGAUUGAAUUUGGUGGUUAUCGUGUUGAGCUUUAUAGGUGCAUUUCUUGUUCAAGGGUCACUCGUUUCCCUAGGUACAACGAUGCGCUUAAGCUCCUGGAAACAAGGAGAGGGCGUUGUGGAGAAUGGGCUAAUUGCUUUACCCUUUAUUGCCGAUCCUUUGGAUAUGAAGCUCGUCUGAUAUUGGACUUCACCGACCAUGUCUGGACUGAGUGCUUUUCCUCUCCCUUAGGGAGGUGGAUGCAUCUUGAUCCAUGUGAAGGAGUAUAUGAUAAUCCCUUGCUAUAUGAAAAAGGAUGGAAUAAGAAGUUGAAUUAUGUAAUUGCUAUUGCUAAAGAUGGAGUUUAUGAUGUCACAAAACGCUACACAAGAAAGUGGCAUGAGGUUUUAUCUAGACGUACCAUAACGACAGAAGCAGCUGCUGCUGCUGUCCUGUCGUCUAUAACAAAAAAAUGUCGUAGUGGAUUUUCAUCUGAAGUAGUUUCUCUGCUGGAGUUACGUGAUAGGAAAGAGGCAGAGGAGCUUGAGCAAGCAAUUUAUCUUCAGAUUGAUUCUUCAAUGCCGUUACCUGGAAGGCAAAGUGGGGCUGUUGAAUGGCGCAAGGCAAGACAUGAACUGGGUUCUAACGAAAGUGACUCACUCAGUUCUUCCUCUUGCCCUGUUCGGAUAUGUGUAGAUGCACAUGUUACAAACAUCUACAAUGCUUUCACUCUCCUUUUAUUUCAUUUUCGUGAUAACAAGGUUUCUAAAGAUAGAAGUAUCAAAAUAUUGGAGGCGCUUAAGGGUUUGUUGGUAAAUCUUAAAACUACCCCUUUCAAAAAUCGUAGUUCUUUCUUUGAUCCAACUGCAUGUCAAAUUACUGAGGAGAUGAUGCCCUGCAUCAAACAACUGCUUUCUGCCAUUUCCUUAAAGGAAGAGUUGAAGAAUGAUGGGAAAAUAUUUGUAACUUUGUCGUCAGAUCCAGUUCGAACUUCUUUAGCUUUGCCAGUGGCUCUCGAUGUAGUUGACGAAAUAAUCAAUAACCUGAAAUUCCAUGAAUCCCCAAUUGAAAAUAUUGGAUUCCCCAAAACAAACCGAUUGUAUUCCGGUUCAGUUCUUGCUAGCGGUGAACAACUCCCAGUUGGUAUUGCUACAUCAGCAUUUGAUGGGACUCAGUUGUACAAAUGGGAGGAGCCUAACGGAGCCAAAGGGUGCUGGCUAAUUUAUAGAGUUCUCGAUAAGCAAAUGUAUGAGUUGGAUUCAUAUGACCUAAAGUCGGCAAACGAUGUUCCGGAAAGAGAUCCAAUGGAGUGGAUUCUUGAAGGAAGUUCGGAUGGAGGCUCUAGCUGGGAGGUCUUGGACAGGCAGAGCUCUCAGAUAUUUGAAAAGCGCUUCUUGCGAAAAACAUUUGAAGUGCAGAGAAGAUCUGCGUGUAACGCAUUCCGGUUUCGGUUUUUGCGCGUCAGAGAUCCUAAUAGUAAUUCUAGAUUUCAGAUAGGUGGUAUCGACCUUUAUGCAAAAAGCAGUUAAUUUUGAGACUUGCAUGUGAAUUGUAAUUCAAGUGUGCAAGUUAUACCGGAAAACAAAUCGUAUGUAAUAUGAAAGUAUAUGGCAUAAAAUUGCUGGUGUCAGGGCUUUUUCUUGUUUUAUUUUUCUUCUUUUUUUCAGUGAUGAUCACUCAGAAUGCUAUUUAUACCAAUGAUUUGGAAUCAAAUUAUAAGUAAAUGUUAUGAGUUUCUGAAUGAGGGUGAGAUGCCUUUCA